CUGCUUUCUCUGUUUAAGCUACAAUCGAUACAUCUGUUUCUGUUUAAUUUCUAGUCAUCUGAUUUUUCUUGCUUUCUGAGUUAUCUCUCAAUCAAUUUAUUUUGUGAAGCUUAGUUUCCAGACAAUUAUCUUUAUAUCAAUUGUUGCAUUCAGUUACACCUUUAGAACCUUUCAUUAAUAUUUAGAUUAACCCAUUUUUCCAUUAUUUUCUAUAACACCCUCUCUCAGUAUUCCUAUCUUAAAAUCAACUCGGAUAGCCCUUUUAUCCGCAAAAAGGGCAAUCAAAGGGAUUCCUAGGAUAAUAAACAAGGCAUCUUUACAUUUAUUUGAAAUGGCACCUGGAUCAAAUAACGUUGUUAUCGACGCUAAAGACGGUAAUCAUACGGCAACGAUUAUUUUCCUCCAUGGACUUGGGGAUACUGGUCAUGGAUGGGCUGAAACUUUUGCGGCUAUUAAACCUUCUUAUUGUAAAUUGAUUUGUCCCACUGCUCCUGCUCAACCUGUCACCCUGAACGCUGGUAUGAUCAUGCCAUCAUGGUUUGAUCUUAUGACCCUCACACACAAUGGACCCGAAGAUGCAGAAGGCAUAGCAAAAGCAUCACAAUCAAUCAUUAAAAUUAUUGAGGAAGAAAUGAGCAAACACAAUAUACCCGCGGAAAGAAUUUUGCUCGGUGGUUUUUCACAGGGUGGUGCUCUCUCUUUGCACACUGGUCUUCGGUAUUCUAAACCCUUAGCUGGUAUCCUAGCUUUCAGUUGUUGGCUACCUUUACAUAAAGAUUAUCCUGAUGCUUUCGUUCAAGGCAAUAAGGAAGUUCCAGUACUACAAUGUCACGGUGAAGCUGAUCCUUUGGUUCCAAAAAUGUGGGGAAACAUGACUGCUGAUAUUUUGAAAGGUUUUCUCAAAACUUUCGAGUUUAAAGUUUAUAGAGGAAUGGGCCAUUCGUCUUGCAAUGAGGAAUUACGAGACGCUGCUGCAUUCAUUUCCAAGUCGUUACCACCACUUUAAAUUGAUAUCUCUCUAUGAAAAAAGAGCUUUUCUCAAAGCUAUUAUGGGGUGCUUGAGUUUAUAUUGAGCUAACUGUACACUUCCAUUGAAAAAAGCAAACUAUCAAACAGUCUUCGCAAUCAUUAAAUUAAAUGUUCAAAAUAGUUUUCUCAAAAGUAUGCUGAUAAUCAGUUGACAAAUUUCCUUUUCAACUAUUUUUAAUCCUCAUAUCCAAUCACAGCAUCAUGAUAUGAAAUUCGUUCUGUUUUCGUUUUUAAGUCAAUUAAAUUUCAAAUGAUUCUAUCACCUGA